AUGCAAAUCAGUGAACAGGUUCGAAAGAUUCGAAUCACUGAGAUGAAUCAAACUCCUCACCACUACUCAGCAUAAGCAGAUAUGAUGGUCUUUGGAUAAUCCUCGCAUAUAAUCAGCACUCAGGAACGCGCAUACGUCAUCCCUUUCUUCUCAUGCAGACUCAUGAACAGAGGCAGCAGCACCUCUGACAGCACCGUCGCAUCCCACUGAAGUAUUAUCAAGAGCGACAAAACUGCACAGCCUUGACAAGAAGAAAAUUAAACGUCUAGCCUACAACAGGCACUGCUAUGUUGAUAUGAAUUAGAUAUGACUGAUGUCGAGGUGACAUAUGAAGACUUCAUCGCCUCUGGAAGGACCGGCAGACGCAAUGCUGUGCACGAAAUACUGGGAACCUCCGGCGGGCUGGAUGCUAGUGGACUCUCCCAAACUCUGUCUGAGCUCAAUAUCAGCAAAGCAGAGUCAGGGAAUGAUGGAGAGAGGAGCCAGAGCUUUUCAGACUCCGAACCGAAGCAGGAAGAAGACAAAGGGGAAGCAACAUAACAGACUUCAGUGAGAGAAUCAGUCAGAUACCCCCUCUAGUGGCUGAUUUUUAUAAGGAUGGAGGGGUUGACACUGAAAAUAGUGCAGCAUCCCUCUCUCUGAAGGAUCCGGAUGGAGGAGACUUUGCUUUGAGGAAGCUACUGUGAAAGGAUGGGCCUUAUGAAUCAUAGCGCUGCUGUUGUACUACAGUGAUCACUACUUUAGCUGAUGUAGGUAUGACUUUUACUUCGAUAUUCGCUCUAGUUGGUAGGUACCUAGAGUGACUGGUGGGAUUUGAGUCAGAAGUAUUCACAUCAGAAUGAUGAAAACACUCGGGAGAUGAACAAAACCCACUAAACUUGUGAUUUUCAAUUCACCAAAUAACUGCCAGUGUAGUGCAGCUAUUACGCAUUUUUAUAGGUGUAGUAGUGUUGUCAUAGUAAUAUCAGAUUUUGAUAUUAAAUUGUGCUUUGUCUUAUCUUAAACUGAUAUUUUCAGUUAAUGUUUUCACUAGGUACACAUAAUAUAAGUGCUGCACUUUUUGUAAACAUUCACUGAAUUCUUAUAAACUGUCUAUUAUGGUCUUGCAUGACACUGCCGCUGACAGAGUCGGUAUGUAUAACUGUUCACAUCCCACAAAUUUGUGAACCCAUCAUUUUCAGUGUUGCGAUGAUAAUUUGUUUGUUUCAUGAUGAAAAUUCUUAUUAUGUUGUGAAAUCUGGCUCGAUUUGAAGUCUUAAUUUCACUGCCUAUUUAUUAAUCCAUUUGAAAAUGUGUUCAAUUGAGCUUGCCUUACCAAACCUCAGCCCAUAUUUUGUCUUCCAGCUCUAUGUCCUAAAUUUUGCAUAAAUAUAUUUGAUAUUUUCAUCUUUGGGUAUAUACACAUUUGAAUAAAUUCAAGAAAUCUUCGGGAAAAUGGUGAUAUAUUUUUUAAUUAUUUCUGCAUAUAUUUAUUUAUAAUGCAUUUACCAAUGUUUCGUGAAUCAAUGAUUAUUAUAAGUGCUCUGUACUAACUUAGGCACUGAUUAAGACAGUGAUACAGAUAUUCCACUGGAUGGCACUGUUCACUCACUAAUCUAUUUUAUUCUAAAUGCAGCUCCAUAAUGAGUGAUUGAAGCCAGUGAACAUCAUCCAUUUUGGAGUUUUAUAUUCUUUUCAUAUGUCAGUUAUAUGUUAUUAUAUAUAUAUUUAGGUCACGAACCAUUUUGGCUACUUUUUCUCCUUAAGGGAUAGUUCACCCAAAAAUACAAAUUUACUCACCCUCAUGUUGUUGUUCUAAACCUGUGGCAUAUGAUGAAGGAAGGAACCAUAUGUUGGUUUUCCCACUUGCUAUUCAUUUCAAAAUAUCUUUUGUGUUCAACAGAACAAAGAAACGCGUAUAGGUUUAGAACAACUUGAGGGUGAAUAAACAAUGACAGAAUUUUAAUGUUUGGGUGUACUAUCCCUUUAAAAUAUGGCAAUAUUUAGCAAUGCAAUUCGCAUCAUUAAAAUUAAUUUUAUUAAUACACAAAUAACUGGAAGAAAUGAAUUGCAGGUGGGACAAUCUUUAGGAAGACAACCUUUCCUUCCUUCAUUUGCCGUGCCAUUUCUCAGUAAUAUUUUGAGACCUCGAACCCUUUGGCAGAGCCGCUGACCUUUUCUGUCUUUUAAGUGGCAGAGCUGCACAUUAAUCAUUAAUCAGCUUACAGCACACUGGAGUUCUCAGCCAAUUUUCACAACCAAUGAAUCCAUGUGGCUUUUCUGAGAGAUCAGUUCUUUAAUUGUGACCCCAGUGCAUGAGUCAUAAGAGACGUACGGUAGUUUAAAGGCAGAUAGUACAACAGCCUUAAAACUUUGAUCACACACUCCAGUUGUAAUUCCAAAUCUGUCAAGCGUGUACGUCCACUCAAUCACACUCCAUAGAGGUGGCAUCUGGUGCCCCCUGUAGUUGGUGUUUGAUUGGAAACCAAACAGCAAAGGUGAAUUUGUGGAUGUAAUCAUGGGCCUGUGUGUUGGGGGUAACGUAUUACAAAUAAUGCGAGUUACAUAAUAAGAAAUUAGCAUUGCUUUUAAAUUUACAAUUAAAUAGUUACUUUUUCCAAAUAAGUAAUGCAUAUUCUUUUCAUGUGGAGAGAAAUCAUGAGUAAGAUGUGGCGUUAAUACAUACAGUAUUCUCUAACCAGACAUAAAGGAAGACUGCAAUGUUGGUCUAAAACAUGAUGUUAACCCCUUAAAAAUGAAUUAUGAAGAUCUUUUCCAUGCAGUUACAAUUGGAGCUGGACUCAUGAACUUGCACAUCCUCUAACAAAUGAGCUGUUUACAUUUUGAUAUAUUGGAACAAAACUCUAAAUGUUAGACUUGGACUGUGGUUUUGCUCUGGAGUGCAGAGUGAAAAUUCAAAUCUAUGCAGAGCUAUUAUUCAGAUGGAAGGUGUCUGUAUGUGUGGGCAGGGCUGAAUGGCUCAAGGGAGUGAAAUUGAAUCUGUGGUCUUGGAGCUCUGAUACUCUUAGUCUGCUACCUCUGACAGUGAUGGAUUUUGUCCUGAUGGGAGUGUGUCAUACCAUCAUUUUUAAUCUCCCUCUUUCUUUUUCGCACACACACACACACACGCAUUCACAUACAAAUUACCUUAAUCUGUGAAAACCUAACUACAAACCACAAUUAACUUUUAACAAUGUAUAGUUCAACCAAACAUGAACAUUCUGUCAUCAUUUACUUAACUGUUAAAAAAAAAAAUCUGUAUGACAUUCU